AUGACGGAUGCGACAGCGGCGCAAGAUUACCCUACCGCCUGCCCGAAAAAUACGCAGUGGUAUCGCUGCUCCAACGGCUUUGCUGGGUGUUGCUCCGUCGACGUCUGCACCAGCGGCAGCUGCCCCGACAAGCCGCAAGACCCAGAAGACUCUUCGAGUUCAUCUUCAGCAGCAAAAUCGUCUUCGACUAGGCAGUCAAGUUCAAGUACGACAUCAACCUUGGCGACCUCAACAUCAUCAGUCAUGUCGUCUGACGACUCUACGUCGUCCCCAGCGUCUGCUACUACUACCAGCCAGGCCUUCAUAAGCAAAGCGUCGCCAUCGUCCACACCCAAGCCGACUUCCAGCCCAUCGCCGCCAUCUUCGUCGUCCACGCCACCUACUUCCAGCAGUCCUUCUAGAAUGUCCGAUUCUGGAGUUACGACCACGAUCUCCAAUGAUUCCACCGUCACGGUGACGAGACACACCACCAUAACCCAGGAGCUGCCCAGCACAACCACAGAUCCCACAGCUUCAUCUACCAUCAACGCUACCCAGGACACCAUCACCUCGUCCUCCUUUGAGACCCCAUCUCCUAUAGCACCCUCCGCCACCGCCCCUGCAAAACAACCCAGCAGCGGCAUCAACACGGGAAUCGUGGUUGGCAUCGCGGUAGGUGGAGCGUUUGCUGUCGCCCUAAUUGCUGUUCUGAUCUGGGUGUGGAGGAGCCGCCGCCGCCGCAAUCGUGAGGUGAAGGAGGUGGAGAGAGAAAACGGAAACGAGAGUCUGUUGGUGGAUAAAGCUCGCCUGCACGAGAGCAUCUUUGGGCGACGGCCCUCACGACGACGGGGGUCUACCACGCUGCCGAAGCACCCCACGCCGCAUCAGGCUUCAGGGCAGGGAUACGGCUACGACCCGUUUGCACCAUUUGGAGGCCGGACGGAUCGACCAGCUAGGACGUCGCCUCCACCGCCGCCCAACACAUUCGAGAUGGAUGGCCGCGGCCUGCAGGUCAUAGAGCUGCCCGACACGGCCGUGACCACUGGUCACGCCGUUGCCGUCGACGGCAGCCAAAGGCAAGAGACGCGGUCCGCAAGGGCGGUUAAGCACCACCCUAGCCACGAUCCGCGAGCGACGCUCAACCACUUGCCACCACGGGAGAACGGACGGCCGACCUACAUCAAUCAGUGGAACCAGUUUAAGGGACUGGUCCGAGAGACUGAUAGCAAAUAG